AUGAGCACCCCGAACCAGCCACGCAACGUCUACCUCGUCGGAGCCCAUUGUACAGGGAAGACCACCCUUGUCGAGGGCCUCCGCGCACACCUAUCGACCAAUCUGGUCUCGGAGCUGUAUGGGGAGAAUGCCGAAUGCCCCGCGAUCGUUGACGAGCUUGUCCGGAACAUCAUGCGCACGGACGGCUUCACUGCAAGUGAUGUCAGACUUCCCACUAAGGGGCUGGAGCUUCAGAAACGCACCAUACUAGCUCAGCAUCAAGCUGAGGUGAGUCUCGGAAACAAAUGGUUUAUCUCAGAUAGAUCUGGAAUCGAUCCUAACGUAUACGCUGAGGUCUUUCUGGGACGACCAGAGGCUGAGAAGCUGGCAGAAAUGAAGGAAUGGCACGUCCUGCGGGAGAAGAUGAAGGCGUAUGUCAUCGUUUGCGAGCCUGAGAACGCGAGCUGGCUAUCGACCGAUCGGGUCCGCGUGGCGUGUAACGAUGUUGAAGAGUGGCGUUCAAUUGCCAGAGCUUUCCGGACUGCACUGCAGAAUCAUGGAAUCCCCCAUGUGACUAUUCCGGUUGGAAUGGAAGACCUGGGAAAACGAGUGCAGUUUGUGGAGGAGCUUCUCAGGUCUUCUGCCAAAUCAGGGAUGUUUUAG